CGCGCGAGAGACGGCGGAGAGGGGCAAGAGAAAAACAUUUCUGCACUUUUCAAGCUCAACUUCAGCCAUUUCCAUCAGGCUUCUACCGUCUCCGUCCGCGCGGGCCUUCUUAUUUAUUUCAAACCGGUAGCGAAGGCGCGCGCGAAAAGUCGUUAUGUGUGACGAAAAGAGGAGAGAAAGUUUUCUAAUGCAACUGAAGUGAAGAAGCGAUGCUCCACAGGCUGUUUAAAAGCCGUAACGUUAAAGCUCUACAGAAGAAACCGAGAGGACUUGAAAGUUAGCUUUCCCUUCGUAGUACGCUUCUCUUGUCGGUUCACUUGUUAGGAAAACGCCUUUCCAGCGUUAAAGGAAUGAGAGUUGAAUGAGUCCCUGGUUUACAAUGGCAGUCACUUUGUCGAGCAUCCCGCCUCACAGCGCCACUCAACCCAACGUGUGCAAAAAACUGCACUGGAGGCUGCGCACACGACAGUGAAGGACUCCGGGCCAUUCACGUCAGCCGGGAGAACUGUUAAAACGUAGCGGUUGGAACACCGAGGAUCUCAAAUGCCUGUGGCAUUCCCUUGUCAUCUGUCAUAGGACAGAAGGAUCCUGUGUUUCAUUGAAAUAGUGGCUAGGUGGACGUCAGCCACGGUUUUCAAGCCUGUCACCCUCCACUUUUACACUGUGACCCUUUCAAUCUGCGGAGGAAACUAAUGUCUGCCAGCAGCAGCACGUCUCCUCUGACCUUACCCAAACACUUCGUCCACUCUCCGCAUCAGACUGCACCCCCUACCCCCUCUCCAUCACCCAGCCCUCCGGUGCCGCUCUGCGUCCGUCUCUCCAAUGGGAAUCACAGCGUUCCGAGUCCCACAAGCUCCUUUAACGGGGUCUCCUUCCUCCUUCAGAUCGGACUAACCAGGGAGAUGGUGACCCUGGAGCCGCACGACCUGACGCUCAGUUCCGUCAAGGAUUUGGUCUGCUCCAUAGUCGAUCAAAAGUUCCCAGAAUGUGGAUUCUUCGGGUUGUACGAUAAGAUCUUGCUCUUUCGCCAUGAUCUGAGCUCGGACAACAUCCUCCAGCGCUUAACAUCGGCAGAGGAGAUCCACGAGGGAGAUCUGAUCGAGGUUGUCCUAUCCGCUCAAGCGACGGUGGAGGAUUUCCAGAUCCGACCUCACACGCUCUACGUCCAUUCCUACAAAGCGCCGACCUUCUGCGACUACUGCGGAGAGAUGCUGUGGGGGCUCGUUCGCCAAGGCCUUAAAUGUGAAGGUUGUGGGUUAAAUUAUCACAAGCGAUGUGCCUUUAAGAUCCCUAACAACUGUAGCGGUGUAAGGAAGAGACGUCUGUCUAACGUGUCUCUGCCUGGCCCCUCGCUGUCCGUCCCUCGACCCGCACCCCUCGAGUCUGCUACCGUGUCGCUGGAGGAGCGCCCCCUUCUGGAGCCAAGCAAGCGUGUCCCCUCAUGGAGCGGCCGGCCCAUCUGGAUGGAGAAGAUGGUACUGGGGCGGGUGAAGGUGCCUCACACUUUUGUCAUUCACAACUACACCCGGCCCACCAUCUGUCAGUACUGUAAAAAACUGCUGAAAGGACUCUUCCGUCAGGGCAUGCAGUGCAAGGACUGUAAAUUCAACUGCCACAAGCGAUGCGCUUCAAAGGUACCAAAAGACUGUCUUGGAGUUUUCAACGGAGAACCGGCCAGUCCGGGUCCAGACUCUGAUGCCACAAUGGAGGUGGACAGCAGCGAUGUGAACAGCGACAGCAGUCGAGGCCUGGACGACUCGGAGGAACCCACCACACCAGAAGACAAAAUCUUCUUCAUGGACUCGCCCUUCAUGGACCGGGAGAAAGAUGAAGAGCCUGUCAAGACCAUCAGCCCGUCCACCAGCACCAACAUUCCACUGAUGCGUGUGGUCCAGUCGGUCAAACACACCAAACGGAGGAGCUCCACGGUUGUCAAAGAGGGAUGGAUGGUGCACUACACAAGUCGAGACAAUCUCAGAAAGAGACACUACUGGAGACUGGACAGCAAGAGUCUGACUUUAUUUCAGAAUGACUCGGGAGCCAAGUAUUACAAAGAGGUCCCCCUCUCGGAGAUCUUACAGGUGGAGGUGGCCAGAGACUUCAGCAGUUUAGCGCUGGGGGGCAAUCCGCACUGCUUCGAGAUCAUCACCGACACCAUGGUUUACUACGUGGGAGAGAAUACCGGCGCCCCCCACCUCCACAACCCUGCGCUGGCCGCCGGUGGGGUGGGGCUGGAGGUGGCCCAGGGCUGGGAGAGGGCCAUCCGGCAGGCCCUGAUGCCCGUUCCCGUUACGCCGCAGCCUAGCGUGGGUACCACAGCGGGACAGAAUAAAGAUCACAAGGAGCUGUCCAUCAGUAUUUCUGUAUCAAACAGUCAAAUUCAAGAGAAUGUGGACAUCAGUUCCAUCUAUCAGAUCUUUGCUGAUGAAGUGCUGGGAUCGGGACAGUUUGGCAUUGUUUACGGAGGGAAACACAGAAAAACAGGCAGAGAUGUGGCCAUCAAGGUCAUUGACAAAAUGAGGUUCCCCACCAAACAGGAGAGCCAGCUGAGGAACGAGGUGGCCAUUUUACAGAAUUUGCACCAUCCAGGCAUCGUAAACCUGGAGUGCAUGUUUGAGACUCCCGAACGAGUUUUUGUUGUGAUGGAGAAACUUCACGGAGACAUGCUGGAGAUGAUCUUGUCCAGUGAGAAGAGCAAACUCCCGGAGCGCAUCACAAAGUUUCUGGUCACACAGAUUCUUGUGGCUUUGCGACAUCUCCAUUUCAAGAACAUCGUGCACUGUGACCUGAAGCCAGAAAACGUAUUGCUGGCGUCUGCAGAGCCGUUUCCACAGGUGAAAUUGUGUGACUUUGGUUUCGCUCGCAUUAUUGGGGAGAAAUCUUUUCGCCGUUCAGUGGUGGGCACGCCGGCGUAUCUGGCUCCAGAGGUGCUGAGGAGUAAAGGCUACAACCGCUCACUGGACAUGUGGUCGGUGGGAGUCAUCAUCUACGUCAGCCUGAGCGGCACAUUCCCUUUCAAUGAGGAUGAAGACAUUAAUGACCAAAUCCAGAACGCGGCCUUCAUGUACCCACCAACACCCUGGAAAGACAUCUCCACUGAAGCUACAGAUCUGAUCAACAAUCUUCUUCAAGUGAAGAUGAGGAAGCGCUACAGUGUGGAUAAGACUCUCAGUCAUCCGUGGCUUCAGGACUACCAGACGUGGCUGGACCUGCGUGAGUUCGAAACACGUCGAGGAGAACGCUACAUCACCCACGAGAGCGACGACGCGCGCUGGGAGAAGUACGCUUAUGAGCACAGUUUAGGGUACCCUAAACACUUCAUCAUGGCCCCGAAUCUGGACGAUAUGGAUGAGGACCCCUAGCAUCCGCACGAGCUAACGCUUGAACUGAGGCUCUCUCCAUCUGAAAAACCUGUUGCUAUAGAGAUGGAAACAUUUCCCGUCUGAGGCGGAGUCCGAGAAGCAUCACAGGACCGGUGGGACGCGGCUGUGUGGAAUCACACCGAUCAUGACGAUGAAGGUUUUUUCGGGGGUGGAAGUAUUCGCUGGGAAUGCAUUAGACUUUUCAAAAGGUGCUGUUUCUUAUCCUGUAGAGAAAUAUGCUUUUAAAACCCAUGUUACGAUAAUAUCUGCGUUUUAUAAAAAGCAAUGCUAGUCACAGAUGUGAAAUUUUGGGGCGAGCGACGUCGAACUGGAACAUGCACAUUUAUCGUUUUCUCUCUCACCCUUUUGUAAUUUUGUAUUUUUCGUCGUAUAGAUUUUUGAAGGAGUCUGAAUUUUGCACUAAACAACACAAACGUUGCAGCUGGUACAGUUCAGUGACGUCACAUGACCGUCCUGAGCACCAAUCCAGAAGCUGAGCACCAAUCCUCACACAAGAUCUGUAAACUUUAACUACAGUUUCUCAAUCUGCCAGAUGGAAUGGGAGAUUAAACCUUCGAAGGACCAAAGAGACUUUACUUGUUUUUCUUACGUUUUAAUUCUGCUGUCCUCACCAGCAUUCCUUAAAGAGACAAUAUUUUUAUUUAUUCUUUAUACUUAAAAUAUAACAGCAGCUACGCAGAUACGCCAUCGGUUAGAAUGGGAACCGUUUGACCAAUCAACACAGCUUCCAUGUUCUUGAAUAAAACAAAACGAGUAUUGAUAAUAACUGUUAACUGUCUUGAGAAAGAAACGUUCAACAGUAUUACGAUAUCUUCUUUCUUUCAGUUGGUUUGUAUGGAAGAAUUGAACUUUCUAACUAUGAAUCUCACAACUGGAAUAUCAAAGCGAGGAAGAGGAAUCCAAGUAUUUUGCUAACGGGUUUCUGUGUUAAUGUUGUUGUAACUACCGCCUGUUGUAUUAAAUGAAGUCUGUUCAAUUGGA